GAAAAUGAUAGAGUUUCAGAAUGUUAUUUCAAAGGGAUUUUUAUCAAAGGGGGUAGAUGAGGAUAAGCCGAUUUUUUGUCAGCUUCCUAAAAGUCAAAGAAUGAAGUUGGUGCCGAAUAAAUUAUUAGGGAUCAUCACAAAAGUAAGUAAAGAAGGAAGACUAGACAAGAGAGAUACCUUACUGUUCAAUACUUAUUAUAAUACACUUGUGGGAUCAAGAGAGAUAAACAUCAAUAAAUUAUUCGGAAAAUAAAUUUGAUAGAAAAAAAACCGCCUCUACAUCCUUUACUCGUGCUAGAUUGAGAGAUAAGAGAGUCAGAUGGGCUGAUCAAAAUAAGAACAAGUCUAAGAGUAACAGCUUUACUGAGUCAACAGGACUUAAAAAGUUGUCUAGAUUAAUCUAUGGAGAGCAAUCUAAUUAUCGAACAUAUCAGAGGAAGAUAAACUCUCCUCAGCAUGACAAAAUACCCGACCUUUCAGAAACCCCCCUGCCAAAAUGAGUAACCCACCUCCAAAAGAGAUUUGGUCAAGAGAUUAAGGAAGAAGAUGGAGGGAGAGUGGUGACGAGAUUUCAGAAGGUGAUGAUUACAGGGAGGGAAAGGAAGGAGUCUAUUGAGCCAAGGGAUGUUAAGACAAGCGAAUCUCCUAGAAUGGCGUAUUUGAGUCAAAGAAGUAGCUCACAUGGGUACCUAGGAGCUAAAUAAAAUGGAGAUUAAUGCGAAUUAUCACCUUUCAAGAGUUGGAGAGCCUAACUUGAAAGGAGUUUUUAUGAACUCCCAAAAACCAUUCAGACAUCCUUUAAUCAAAGUGCAAAAGCCAAGUAAGGAAGAAAUAGAGAAGUCAAAACUAAGACAGGUUGAGCAUUCAAAUAGUCAAUAUGAUGAUAGAGCAGCUCUGUAUAAAACCGAGAAGAAACACCAACAUCUAAAUGAUUUCCGUGACUUUGUGUUUAAAAAGAAAUUAUUUAUCAAGAGAAGUAAUAAUUUCUCAGUUCAACAAAGAGAAAGAAGGAGACAUAUUGUACUGCGGAAGACAAUGUCAUCAACCUCAAGGGACAGGAAGAUCCUGGAGAUCAACGAUUCUGAUUUAAUCAGUUAAUGCUCUUCCU